ACGGUUGUGCGCAAAGGCGGCGGUGAAAAGUGGGAAGACAAAUCUCUGCUCGAAUGGGACCCGACCCAAUUCCGUAUCAUGGUGGGCAAUCUCGCGGGCGAGGUGACGGACGAUUCCCUAGCCAAAGCAUUCGCAGCAUACGGUGUGGCCAAGGCGCGUGUGAUCCGGGACAAAUUAUCGACGAAAUCGAAGGGCUAUGGAUUCGUAUCAUUCACAGAUGCGGAGAUGGGAUUCAAGGCGGCGAGGGAGAUGAGCAACAAGUACAUUGGCAGUCACCCGAUCACGAUCAAGAGGAGUAGGACGGAUGUCAAGCCGGUGGUGAAGAAGGAUCCGAGAAACAACAGG